AUGAACAAUAAUCAACGUCGUAAUUUACCACAGCGUUCAUUGAAGGAAAAAAGUCUUUAUUCAUGCAUUGUUUAUAUUGAUGAACCUAUGAAAUAUAGUAUAGUUGAAUCGAAACGUCUAGUACAUGUUAAUGACGAUGGUUAUGGAAUUAUAAAGGAGCUUGGGAAAUCGUAUAACAUUCGAGUAGAACAAACAGGCACACAAUCAUCGAUGGAACGUUACGGCCAACUACUAGAACUAGCAAUGCAACAACAGAUGCACGAAGAAGUUCCAUCCGACUGUGAAGACUGGAAAUCAAAAAAAGAAAAACAAAAUCGAAUGAAAAAAUUCGAACUUCGAACUAACUUAGUAUCAAAAGCAUCUGAUUGA